CAGGAUGAAGGUCUGUCUCACUCUGAUCUGCCUCUUCCUCCUCACUCUGGAUGGAGAAACCCUAGGAACCUACAGAGGAAAGGAAGGAGGAAACAUCACAGUUAGAUAUCUGAAACCGUCAGACUCAGGACGGUACCGGUGUCGCUCCGAUGAAACCUUACAUGGAACUCUAUACGAUGAUUUUGAUCUUGUUGUGAUUGAAGAUUCUUCAAAACCAAAAUGGACUCCGAGACCUUUUAUAGAAUCAACUUUUAUCCCAGCAACCUCCACAAAAACAACAAUAAAAACAACAACAGCAGCAGCAACAGCAACAACAACUCAGAGUCAGAGUUUCUCUCCUUCUCCAUCUGAAACCAUCAAACUCUCUGAGAAACCAGCUGCAGCUCCAGGUCCGCUGCUUUAUGUGGGUCUGGUUCUGGUCGUCCUGAUCGUCUCUUUAGCUGCAGCUCUGCUGAUUUUCUUCAAGAGGAAAAACUUCAGUCAACAGAAAGGUUCUUCAGGAGAAACAGAAAACAGCAAAAACUUCCAGGCUAAAGGUGGUGCAGUAGAGUACUCUGAGGUUCGUUUCCUGAAAGAUGCCUCUACUUCAGCCGACAGCGCCCCCUGUGGUCAUGCAGAAAACGUCACUUACUCAGAGAUCCAGAUGAACUUUGCAAACCGCAGCGAUGAUUCUGCUCUUUACUCCAACAUUAGUUUACAGCAGUAGCUCUGCUCUGGCUCUGCUAAAACGUUACUGUUUUUAUUUCUCUACAAAUAAUCAUCCUGAUUUAUAAAUGAGAUGCAUAACUGCAGAAAUAGUUCAGAAACUGAAAUUCACUUCCAGUAAUUUUCUUCUUUCAGGUCUUGAGAACAUAAAUCUUUAUAAGUAACAAAAGAGAUGGAAAUUAAAUUUCUUUUAUUUAAUAUCAAAGUAGAAAAUAUAUGAUGUGAUACAUUACAUUAAUGAAAAGAAAAUAAAUUCAAGGAACUAACAAUGAAAAGAAAACAGAGGGUAUUGUGUUGCAAAGAAUGAAUAUUAUUAAAUUAAAUGAUUUUCUCUUUUUAUUUUUAUUCUUUCUCAUUAUUUCUGAUUAUAUUUAAUAAUUUAAAUUCAACUUGGAUGUGUGCAGACUUUACUUUUUGUUACUCCAGAUGAACCAAAUGUCUCAAUGUUCAUGUUGUUUAUUAGUAAAUUUAAAUGUGAACAAACUGAUGUGAAUUGCUUUACUUCAAAUUUCUUGUUAAUCUAUUUUGAUGUAAA